AUGUCGCCUUCGCCUAUUGUGAAUGUCGUCCGUUACUCGGCUCUUGUAGCUGGUAUCGGUUACGGUAUUGUGCACCGCCGGACCCUGCAGACGCAGUACGAUGAGAAGAUCCAGCAGAAGGCGGUGAAGCACCAGGAGGACCUGAUCAAGCAGGCCAAGGAGAAAUACGCAGCCCUCCAGCAGGCUAAGAAGCCCAUUCUCAAGUCGGACGACGUGGUCUUCAACCCCGAUGACCCUAACUUUGACAUUGAGAAGGUCAUUGCCUACCUUGAGAAGCUUUAG